CUUACAUCAAGUUGCCAUCGGACGUUCAUGUGGCUCUGAACCUUAAAUCUAGGACUCAUCGUACUCUUGGCCUUUUUAUCAUCGGUGUCAUCCAUCUCUUGAUUUUUUUUGGGACGGUUAGGAGAUUCGAGCCUGAAUGAGAUGGAAAGAAUUUCUUCCGUCGACCACUUGGCCGCAGACCCAACCUCGCCAUCUCCUGAUGAUCCACCUCAUUCUAAGAUUCCAAACCCUUCCCAGCAGCAGAGGAACACCCUGGCUGCAGCUUUUGUGCUCACAAUUUGCAAAAUGAUUUUUUUUCUCAACAUAUUUACAAACUUUGGUGGUCAAAUUGUAAAUAACAUAAAUUAAAGUGUUAAGUAAAUAUAGAGGAAAGAACGGUGGAUUCCUGAUUGCAUUAUUGUCCACAGAACUCAAGCUCGAGCCCAAAACCAAAAUCUUUAUCGGUUCAUCGUCUUCGAGCCUUGCCCUAGAUCAAAUUCCUAGGGUUUGUCGCCCGCGUAGCUUCCAAAUUGACAAGGAUGCCGUCGGCCAUUAUCUUCCCAGCAUCCCUCGCAAUCCCUAGAGCCUCCAAUCGAUCCAUAUCCUCUUGUAGGGCUUUCACCGGCCUCGAUCUAUUUUGCCCUUUUUCCAUUGCUCCCUCCUCGCUUACUGCUGCCGGCGACACCGCCUCGCUGGCCACCAUCCGCAUGGGUGGCGGCCCCCGCACCUAUCCUGGCGGCGUAUCCAAGUGGCAGUGGAAGCGUAUGCAGGCAAAGAAGUCGAAGCAGCUGCUCAAAGCUCGGUUGUGCCGCGAGCGACAGCUUUACGAGAUGCGGAAGCGCGCAGAGCUCAAGGCUGCUAUUUCUGAGCUCGAGCGGCCCUGGGAAGUCGUGGAGCGCGCCCCCGUUCUCUUCUCUGCCUCCGCAGACGAGCAGGUCAAGACGCUUGCCGACCGAUUCCAGCGCCCUAACGGCUUCGACAUGUGGUCCGACAGGGAUGGCCCCCGGCUCUUCCGCUCACCAGAUGAUCUCACCUCUGCUCGUUUCUUUCCAAAGGACGCAGUCCACAGCGUGAAACCCUAUGGCGUUAUUGCCGGAGAGGUUGCUGACGGUGGAGAUGAGAGGGAUAAGGUUAGGCGGUAUGAUGAUUGCAUCGAGAGGGGGGCGGGUGGGAUGGGGACACGACGGCAUGUGAGGGUGUCGCCGGAUUCGAGCUCUUUAGAAAGUGAACGAUCGGUUCCUGUGGAAGAGGAAAAUGGGGAUGCUGAGGGGCAUCUGGGAUCUUACUACUCGGAUUCGGAAUUUGCUGUUGCUGGAUCGAGGAAAGCGGAAAACAAGAUGGUUCACCGAUUCGCUCGGCAUGGCAGGAAUCGUAACUCGCCCGGAGCGGAAUCCAAUCUUGCGCUUGGUGGUUCAAGUAUGAACGGAGGCGAUAAGUCAGGCGAUUUUGGUAGGCGCAGUAGCCGGGGCCGGAAUUGGAGUUCUCGCGUUUCUCGCGUCUCGGAUUCAAAACAGGCGGAAGCUGGCUCAAGGAUGGAGAAGCACGAGAUUGCCGGCAGCUUCGAUCGGCGUGGUGGCCGCGGAGGCCGCGGAAGAUAUCGGAAUUCUUACGGAUCUCACAAGGAGUUCGCAGUUAAUGGCUCGAGGAUGGGAAGAGAUGAGACUGUCAGCGACUUUGGUCAGCGUGGUGGUGGCGACCGAAAUCAGGGUUCUUAUGAAUCACACUCAGAACUCGCAGUUGCUAGUUCGAGAAUGCAGAGACACGAGAUGGCCGGCGGCAUUGAUCGGCGUCGUGGCCGUGGAGGCCGAGGCGGGAAUCGGGGUUCUUACCAAUCGUACUCCGGACUGGAAAAAGACGAGAACGACGGCGGCUUCGAAAAGCGUGGCGGCCGCAGCGGUAAUCGAAAUGGCGUUUUUGGUCGGCGCGGUGGCCGCGGGGGGAAUCGGGGUUCUAACCGAUCGUACUCAGACCUCGCCAUUGCUGGUUCCAGGAUGGAGAAAGACGAAAUAGCCGGUGGCUUCGGGAAGCGAGGUGGCCGAAGCGGGAAUCGGAAUUCUUACGGCUCGGACUCGGAGCUUGCUAUUGCUGAUUCAUGGAAUGAGAGAGUGGAAAUGGCUGGCGGUCGGGACGGAGAUUACAGUUAUCGAGGAAGGAUUUCGCUGCGACCAACCACCGAAUUGAGGUUGGAGGAAGGAGGACAUGUAAGGAGACAGACGAAGAGCGAAGGGAAGACUGAGGAUUUCAGGGUUAGUCGUCAAAUCAAAAGCUCACAGUAA